CUUCGUGAAUCGAAAUAAACAAAACAUAAAGUUUACGAUGUCAAGAACAAGAAUGAACUUAUCGUGGAGAAUCGCGGUUAUCAUAUUGUUUUUUAUUGUAUUCACGAGUUUAACGGUCAGAGGUUCAAGAGUGACUGAGAAAGCGUUUGACUCCUUGCCGACUGAAAUUGACGAUAAGGUUCAGGACACGUUGGAUGAAAUCAUUCAAGACUUGGAAGAUAAGUAUGGAACGUUCGACCCGGCAGAUUUUUGGCACUCGUACGUUUUCGGCACUGGGAAUCAGAACAGAGAAAUAUUGCACGUACGAAAUGUGGAACAGGUUGAGGUUGAGGGGGACUAUAUUCAAUGGAAAUACGCCAGAUUGGGACUGAAACAUUAUCUGAUUGGACUGAAACAAAGACAGAUAACUGUUCGAGGAUUAGAUUUUCAACCAGUUGAUUCAAUGGAUGUGGCACAAGAUUUGGACGCUAUUACUGUUUUUACGAAAUGGAACGAGGCUAAAAACCAUGCAGAAAUGGUUAUCCUCACAGUAUCUUCAGAACCACGACUGUAUCUUCAUUUAUUUGAGAAUGAUAACAUCAUAUCGAUAACAUCGUUUCCGUUGCAUUAUCCCGUCAAGGCGAUUGAGUUUUGUCAUGUUGGACAUUCAUCAAAAGUUGUUUUAAUCCCAAAGGAUGCCAAAACAGAUAUUGACAUUUACAAUGUUGAAGUUCACAAUAGUACACAAGUUUGGUUUUUCCAACGGAUAUCUGCUAGAGAUGACAACACCAACGUCGUGGUUUAUGAUUCCGACAUGUUAGAAUCAGUUAUCGCCGUAUCGGGCGGAACUCAUCUGUUUAUUCACACCUUUGACCCCAAAGCUGGAAUGUUUGCCGUUUCACAAGACGUUUCCUUACCGAACGCAUGUAGUACCUUGUUUUCAUUCACCGUCGCAUAUCAACAUUACAUUGGAUGUGUUCCCUUGGAUCCUGACCUCACCGUUAGAUUUGUGUCUUUCAAUUAUAAUUCAAACGAGUACGUUUUGGAGGAUGAGGAUAACAAUUUCAAGGACACCAAGACUACCAGUGUGUACCCCGUCGCAGUACCUGACUACACUGACCAGUAUUUCAUUCUGAUUCGGAAUGUGGAUGGCGAUACGCGAAUUAUGGUUUACCAUGGACGAGAGGCUGGAUUUGAAAUGGAGUAUAAUUGUACUAACAGUACAUGCCCAAGUGUCUCGGAUCUUUCCAAAGGAGUCGGGUUUCGAAACAGGGACUACUCUGCAUUUAUCUUUCCGAGUGGAGAUCAAGGAGGGAAUUCCAUCGUGUGGCUGAUCACUAAAGAAAUUCUGGAUACUCGAUCUCCUUUGUUGGACGAAUCCCGUCAGCUUUACAACAAUUAUAAUGAACUCUCCAAACGAUUCCAAAUAUGGGAACAGGCUAUCGCUGGAAUUGGAAAAGUACUCAACAGCAGUAUCAAAGUUGAUCAGCCCAACGUUGUAACAGGGUCGUGGGAUGUGGACAGAAUAAACGCCACGAAUUUAUUAGGAGACGGCAAGAAAUCUCAACUGGGGGCAGUGAAAAAUCUUCAAUUCGUCGGAUCUCCAUGGACUGAUGAAGAUUUCGAAACAGACAUGAAGCAAAUUUAUGAUGAACUUAAUUAUCUGCGGAGAAACGUAUCUAUUGCACAGUCCGAAUUAGCAUAUGCCAUCAUGGCCGACAACGGCACUGUCCAACAUGUCACGGCAGCUCAACAAGUCACAGGAAAAUUUAACACCCAAACUCUUACAACUCAAAAAAUUGUUACUGCAAGUUUGCGUGGAGACAUUGAACCAGCCGAAUUUUUAAAUUCCUUUGUCUUAAAAUCUAACGAUGUUCGUGUUUCUGGGGGAUUAGUUUUUCUUAAUCCGGUCAAGGUUUCAACUUUGAACGCGUCUACAAUUAAUGGUGUUCCUGUCUCACAUAUUGCUCGAUAUUCUCAAGACAACGUUUUCGAGUGUCCGGUCCAAUUUACGAAUGGGAUUCAUGCAAAUGGAAAUGUUUUAUCCCCAACAAUUAAUGGAGUUUCAGUUCCAGAUGAAUUGAUGCUAGUUUCAAGUAUUUCUGGAGUGAACUUUAUCGACGGUUUUGUAAUCUCGAACAACACCAAUUCCAAAGGGGAGUACAGCGUUGAGAAAGUCUUGCUAAAAUCGACAAGUCAAAUCGUAGAGUCUCAAAUUCACUUUGACCACCUCGUCAUAACUUCACCAUUGAAUGUGACAAAUAUCGACAACUAUGAUGUCAAUAGCUUUCUCUCAUCAGUCGUUACGAGUGAUUAUUCAGGGUUGAUAGCCGGCAAGAAAUCUGUGAUAGACUCGGUUCAUGCAAAAUCUCUAAAUAUUGGCUCGACUUGGAAUAAUGUCUCGUUUCCGAAUGGCUUUGUUCGCAAUAAUCAAAACCGAGUCGUCCUCAAUUUGCCAACAAGUCUCAACUUUCUCACUGUCAAAAAGGUAAUUUUGGGAGGAACCAUCAAUAACGUUAACAUCAACGAUUUAGUGACUCGGAAUACCAGACAAGAUUUAUCCACCAGUUGGACGUUCAUCGGCCCAGUCACUGUAAACAGGGACAUCGCUGUUUCAGGUCUUGUGGAUGGCGUCGACAUGCGCGAACUGGGAAACAAGGCCACUUUGAACGACUUGAAGGAUGUUCACAUCUAUGCUGACGUCGUUUUCGAACGCGACAUUAUCGUGGACACACUGCAAGUGAAGAAUGAUGUGAAUGGGAAAAAUUUAGAGGAUAUAUUUAACGAUUUUCUACAAUUUAAUGGAACUAAUUGUCAUAUCCCUGGAGUGACCACCGUGCUCUCCGACAUAGUCCUUGACAGCGUACAAGUAGACGAUGACAACAUUAACGGUCAACCAUUGUCCAAAUUCCUCCUCGUCAAUGGAAAUCAAAACAUCACAGAGGAUAUCACCAUUUCAGAAGACAGCAACUUUGCCUCACUCACCGCCCUUAAAACUUACGACGGCGUGAGCUUGGCUACCCUCUUGGAUGAUGCGGUGCGACUCACAGGCACCAAUAAAAUUGGUUGGAAAGCUGAAUUUGAACAUAUAAUUUGUGGCGGUGAGGGCAUGGUGAUUGGAGGCACAAUAAAUGGCUUCUCUGACUUUGGCAGCAAUGUUGCCGUUACGAGUGGGCGACCUUCGCAAAAGUUUAUUAGCCCAAUUGAGUUUGAAGCUGUCGAUUUCAAUUCCGCAGUUAUCGAGCGUGAUUUCAAUAUUACGGAUGGCCAGAAAGUUGGAACGCUGGACAUUAGACAAUGGUUUUCGAGAAGGUUGAGUCUGUCAGGACGAGAAUUCAUCACGUCACCCGUAUUAAUUGAUGGAUCAGUGACAGGGCUACACGACAUUUACACUCCCACAAUCAACAACGUCUCGGUAGAAACACUUUCUCAUUCCGCUUUCCGUACAAACGUUUUGAAUCAGACUUUCUCCAAACAUGUCACGUUUCAAAAUGGUCUCGAGGUCUCGUACGGAAAUGUCGAUUUUGACAGUACCGUCUCCGGCUACGAUCUGAAACACAUUCACGAAAAUGCUUUCCCUCUCAAUUCUAGAGAAGUCUUGGAACUGCAUGGUCUAUGGCACUUCGAGAGUAUCGUGGUGACUAACAAAUUGGACGUGGAAGGAGAAACGUGUGGCGUAGACUUGAAAGAGUUAGCGUCCACUACGGUUAGAAAAGAUGCUCUAGAUAUCCAAAUCUCGUCGCCAACCAAUUUCCGUGAUGUGACAGUAGAGAAACUCCUGAAAGUUAGAAGUAUCAACGGGAAGGAUACUGAAGAUCUCAUGACCACGAAUACAAAUCAAACAAUCGAUUGUAACUUUGAGGCCAAGAAGAAUGUCAAAGUUACCGGAAAUCUUAUUACGGACGGUCACAUCAACGGUGUUUCGACAGAAGUACUUUCCAAAACGUAUUCCCACGGACCUAACAAUGUUCACACGAUUUCCGCUGAAGAGUACAAAUUCAACCACAAUUUAACCAUGGAGAAACUCAUAGUUCGAGGAACAAUUCAAGGGAAGGACUUUUCCAACACGGCCCACACCCAACAUCUCAUCAAAGUUAGCGAUGCUGGUCUGAGAUUCACCGGAGUCAAAACAUUUACAUCUCUCGUCACCAUUGCAAAGGACUCCACAGUAACGUCCUACAACGGUUUGGCAGUUGAAUCAUUACAGUUUCAAACGCUAGACGACGACAUUGUUGUCACGAGUCCGUGCAUGUUUCAUGGGAAUGUGAAUUCUAAAAUCGUGCAAUCAAACGAUGGAGAUAUCAUUGCAGAAAUUGUAAAUGGUUUUAAAUGGGAUGACAUUCUGACUAACUCGAUCCCACUUGGGGAGAAUAUUGACCCGCACCACUUGAGGUACCUGGUCUUUGACAGUGUCGUUGUGGGUGGCAACCUGACCACGAAAACAUUUCAAGGUCACAGAUUCGAAGAUUUUAUCCGGCUCGAUUCUACGGAUCAAAAUCUAGGAGAUGUUACGGUUCGCAAAAUUAAAAUUAUAGGACCAAAUGUUCAAGUGGGAGGAUUGAUUAAUGGGGUGAAACUUGAGGAUGAAUUUGAUCGGACGAUAAUGGCUGGGGAUGCGGACAAGUUUGAAUUCACUGGGAACAAGACCUUCCUUGGAACUCUGACUGUAGAAGGAGACGUGACCUGCUUCGGACCCACCUUCCAAGACAACGUGAUUGAUAUUACGCAACCAUUCACCAUUUCCAACUCUGUGGAGUUUGCUAACCCGAUUGUUAUAGAGAAUGGUCUCAGUGUGUCACAGACCGUGCAAAAUACGACCAUAGACGAAAUCAUGGCUGAUGCUCUCACCAACGGAGAAAGUGGAGAGGAACAAGUUAUAAGUGGUGAAUGGGAGUUCACCAAUGGACUCACCUUCACCGCAGAUGUCGUCGGACCUGGUGAACUGAAGAAUUUCGAUCUUCAGAGUCUCAUCACAGAAACCGAGUACAAAGUAAGGGCUGCCGAAGAGAAAAUCGAAAGUCAGAAACACACCUUCAGACAAGAAUGUCAGGCCGUGCAUGACAUGACUUACGAUCUUGUGUACAAUCCGAUGAAACUGGAUGCAUUUGAUAAACAUCAAACUAUUCCUCUGACCCAACAGGCCGAAAAAAUGAUAAUUGUCCAGUCCUCUGGAAAAUUGGUCAUGUUGACAGCUCUUGGAUGUGGAAUUAUCAGAUAUGACUGGAACAAUAGAACAGAAUUAUUUCACCAAGAUGUACUCGCUACUUUGGCCUACAAUAUGUCGAAUUUCGGAAAAGUGAGAGAUUGGCAGUCUACCAUGCACGAGAGCGACGGACUCAUGAUUUUCACAACAGAACCAUCUCCAUGUUCUGGCCUGGCUAGAGGGCUGCAUUACACUGUUAUGGAUGCUACUGGGACAUUCUCCCCCGUCCACACCCUCGAUCAUGGACAUAUCAAAACUUUCCGCGUGAUAAGCGACCUGACGAAUCAACAUACUGCAGUUUUUGCCAUUAAAAAUGACACCCUUGAAAUAUUUACGUGGAACAGCUACAACGGGAAAUUCUUCCAUGUAUCAAAAAAGCUUGGGGUGACCCACCACGACGGGAUGGACGUAGCACUACAUCUCUCCGGAGUCUCAAUUCUGCUCACUGCUCCGUCCGAAAUCGCAAUUUUACACUUUAACUGGAAACAUCAUGACUUGUCGUUUCUUGCCAAGACUAACUUUGACGCUAGCAACAAGAGUCCAAUCCUCUUUGACAAUUUUGGUUCGCUCUAUGCUCUAGUUUUGGGAAAAAGUUCACCGUUCUCAACGUCUACGUUUUCUACAAUUCAGCUGUUCAGUCUAGUUGAAGGUGGGCAUCUUUCCAAGCUGCAACCACUCCCACUGGGUGACUCGUACCUCACGACGGCCAUCACCUUUUCGCACCAAACCUUCCUCGCCAUCCUGUCCAAAACGUUUGGGCUGAACAUCUACAAGUUCGCAGCACUCGCUGGUCUCCAGCGUCUGAAUGCAAAUCCUAUCAAAAUUUUUAAUGGUAUCGCAAUUGCUAAUUUUGAUGUGCAAGCCUGGGACUUUAGUGCACCCCGGCCCUUUAUUGCUAUCCUCACGAGAACGACGGUGGAAAUAUUUCACAGCAAUGUGUACGGUGAUUCAUUAGAUUAUACAUCUCAAAAUAUGUGUAGGAUAAAAUAAUAGGUAAAUAAAUAAUUAAUUGUUGAUUAGUGUGUUGUUGAGAGUACAUAUAUACUCACUUUAAAGUACAAUAAAAAGACAACGAACUGCAAAAA